AGGACCAGUCCCCCGCUAUAUAAAAGGCUUGGUGUUGAUGUAGGCUUUCCUCUCUGUCUCACUAUCAGGCUGCUGCUACUCCUCUCUCCACCCUCCGCUCACAGAUGGCUGCUGUAAGAUUGCUCCUGUUUUUGCCUCUAGCAUCUAUUUCUGCAGCGCUACAGCUGGGUUUGCAGGCGAAGCUUGGAGAUGACGUCACUCUCCAGUGUCAGAUUAUCACAGAUGAAAGGAUCUCAGUGCUGAAGUGGAGCAGACCUGACCUGAACACAGACGGCUACGUCUACUUCUACAGGAACAAACGCUUCUAUGAAAACUACCAACAUCCAUCUUUUCAUGGCCGAGUGAAGCUGAGGGACCCGGAGAUGAAGGAUGGAGACGUUUCUGUGAUCCUGAAGAACGUCACAUUUAAUGACACUGGGAUUUAUAAGUGUCACGUAGCCGUAAGGAACCCUGUGAGAAGUAAAAGAGUUCACACUGAGAUCAGUCACUUCAUCAACCUCACAGUCACAGGUGAAACACAUGAAAAUAUGCUGGAGAGACACAUCGUGGAGAGAGAAGAUGGAAGUGGAAACAUGUAUGACAUGCAACAGGCUGGAAAUCCGCCUGUCCUCAUGUUUGCUGGAGUUACUGCCAUCAUCAUCGCCAUCAUUGUUCUUCCUGCAUUUCUUUUGUUUGUGCUGCUCCUUAAAAUCAUAAGAAGCAAAAAACUAGCUUUGCCUCCUAAUCAGGAAGCUACUGGUCUGAAAUGUUAAAGUUUCUUUUUUUUAAAGAAACUUUAAACACUGAUAUUUACAUUCUUGCAACAUCAAUUCAUUUUAGUACAUUUUUCAAGUAAUCCAAACUAAAAGAAAUUCUCUGUUUCAGUUGAGCAAUUUUACAGUAUUUAGAGGGGGAAAAAAUAGAAAAAGAAAAAAGCACUCAACAAGUUGUCUGCAGAGAAGCCAUUUGUCUAGAUAACAUUAACCUUUAAAACUGUUUUUUUUUAUGCUAAAAAUAGGUUUAGACUUUGUUUGGAUCUUACAAAAAAAAGCAAUAAUGAAGUAAAUGAGAUUUUCCAUGAAACAGAAAUGACUGAUUCUGUGUCAGAAGUCAUCACCAAUGAUGAUCCAGACCUCAGGAUUAAAAAGGCACAGUUUUAAUGAUAAAAUGAUUUCUGAAGAUGUGCCGCUGGCCUUGAAGCUGAAAAGACUUUAACUCAGGAUACAUUUCAAGUUGCUGAGUUAAAUAGCAAACAUUUUUUAUUAAUGAAAAAAAACUGAGCUUUUAAAAUGUGUAGUUUGAGUUUCUCCUUUUCUUCUUUAACUACAUUUCCCAUAGUGAACAUCUGAGCUUCAGCCCUUUGUUUCCCUGCCUUCUUUGAACUUUCGCAGUUUCUGUUCUUACAUGCUCUGUGUAAAUAAUUUGAUUGGGUGACCAGCAUGACUUAUAAUGCACACGACUGAUCUGUGUUUUCGGCCAGAUUAAAAUAUAUGGGAAUAAGAACCAUAAAUAUGAGAAAAGGUCCACAGAGUGAUCGGUAAUAGAUCUGGGUGCAGAUCCAGUCCGUGGUUUGCAUAUUGGUGAUGUGGCAUUAGAUUUAAAAACAAAAAAUACUCAGUGGCUAAACAUGAAUUCAAACCUCCACACAGGUUUAUGUUAAAGGUAAAAACAGAUUUGUUUGAAGGUUGAUGUGGAUUAAAGGAGCUGUAUCAGCUCUGCAAGUAGAAAACUGAACAGAA